CUAUUAUCAAUCUACUCCACAACACUGCUAACCACUAUACCCCUCUCCGUAUUCUAUACUUUCAACUUUCAACUUUCUACUCCUCCACCAAACCACGGCACUAUUCUCAAUUUAUUCCACAACACAGCUAACCACUAUACCCCACUCAAUAUUCUAUACUCUCAACUUUCUACUCCUCCACCAAACCACGGCACUAUUAUCAAUCUAUACCACAACACAGCUAACCACUAUACCUCUUUCCAUAUUCUAUACUUUCAACUUUCUACUCCUCAUUCCACAACACAGCUAACCACUAUACCCCUCUCCAUAUUCUAUACUUUCAACUUUCUACUCCUCCACGAAACCUCGGCACUAUUAUCAAUCUAUACCACAACACAGCUAACCACUAUACCCUCUCCAUAUUCUAUACUUUCAACUUUCUACUCCUCCACCAAACCACGGCACUAUUAUCAAUAUAUUCCACAACACAGCUAA